AGAGGAUGAAAAUGAUGGUCAUUCCUAUUCUUCUACUGGGAGUAGAACUGUUAAGGAACCUAGAGUUGUAGUUCAAACCACAAGUGAAAUUGACAUACUUGAUGAUGGAUAUAGGUGGAGGAAAUAUGGACAGAAACUAGUUAAAGGAAACCCAAACCCUAGGAGUUACUACACAUGUGUAGCCCUGGGUUGUCCAGUGAGAAAACAUGUUGAGAGAGUUGCACAUGAUAUGAAAGCUGUGAUUACAACUUAUGAAGGGAAACAUAUCCAUGAUGUACCUUUAGGACGAGGAAACUCAAGCUAUAGCAUGAAUAGAACUUCUCUAAACAACAACACCAACACCAAUAUUGUAAUAGAUCCUGCCCCUAUUAGGCCCUCCGCAGUGACUAAUUAUUCUAACUCAGCAAGUUUCACAAACUCACUUCAUGACACAAAGCCACCAACAUCUGCAAGCCAAGAACCUUUUCCAAUGGACUUGGUGUUGAGCCCCGAAAGCAUCGGAUUUUUGGCUAAUGACCCGUUUCUUCAGUCUUUUUGUCAAAGAACUUUUAAAUUUGGAAGCAGAAGAACACUAGAACGUUACACAUAA